CUUUACACCAUGUCCCUGUAUAGAAUUCGUUCCUUCGCUCUUAUCCUACUCAGCGUCCGUGGUGAAAGUCUCUAUUGACGCAAUCAACAUCUCCCUACUCACAGCUAAAAAUGGCGAGUCGCCGCGAAAACCAAGGUACAGAUACUUCCUGGACGAGCUCACUGCAAGAUGCGAUGCAGCAAAACCUCCGGCUCGAGGAGCGCCUGGAGCAAGACGAGCUCGAGUCCCCGCAAGCUCGACUCAAGAGACUUCUUUCCACUCGAUCCGCGGUAUCAACCUCAUCAUCCUUCGCCGAACGACAACAGGCAGCAGUUGGCUGCAAUGCCCCCUUUCGCGAAAUCGGGACAGGCUCGAUCGGAAAGGUGUUCGAGCAGGGGGGCACACUAUGGGCUUUCAAGGUCCUCCUAAUCGAUCGCACUGAUAAGCUCUGGAACAACUACUUGAUGCACCUCCGAAUCCAGGACAGCUUUGACCAGCUAGGUUAUGAUGCCAGCGGGCUGGAAAUUCCCCGAGUGGCCUGGUAUGCGAAUAAAGAAGCCGACUUUUGGCCCGAAAACCUUCACCUUUUCCCCGAUGACCCGACCUUCCCUCGUCGCCCUCGCGAGAUCCUGUGCAUGGAAAGGAUUUUCCCGCUGCCCCAACCGAUCAGGGACGCACUCAUCGACCUCUUCUGCAACCCGAACUACAUCACUGCAGCGAGAAGCUCCAGUGCGAACAAGGAUUGUCUGAUCCGUUUGAUGCUCGGCCGCAAGCGCUACGGGUCUUCGCUCCCGGGCGGAAGCCGCUUCUUUUCGCUGCGCAACUACAAGCUUCACGUCGACCAGAUCCAGGAACUCGACCUGGAUGCAGACGCAUACGCCACCAGUAUGGCCGACGCGCUCGCCAUCCUGCACUGGCACGCACGCAUUGACGCGAUGGACGUGGAGUUUGUCCUAGGAAGCACACCCUUCGACCUCAACGCGGUCCGCCGCCCGGUGCUCCUCCGGGACGUCACGCGUCUCCGCCCAGGAACCAGUACACUCGAACGCGCGACCAAUCGUGUCCCGAAUUUCAAAAAGCGCAUAGUGAGUCUCUGGAUGCUGGAUUUUGAUGCCUGUCGGACCAUCUCAAUGGACACCGAGGGCGUCAAUCGCGCUGUGCAGGCGUUUGUCGAUAACGAACCUUACUGCCCCCGCCCCUUCACAAACGACCGCUACUCCGAGCGACUUUGGCAGCUGUUCUCCCAGCGUUACGUCGAGACCGGACGGAAGGUGAUGACGGGCUCGCUCCUGCAGCCCUUGCCCCGGCAGUUUAUCAACGGGGUCAUUGCCAAGCUCGCCCCGCCCCCCCGUGUGCCCCCUCUCUUACGGUCUCCUGGCCCCGCGGCGCCACCUGCCACUCCAUCGGAGAGGGGCAGAAUCCCUGCCGGUUCGCGACAGACAACAUCUACCGGGGCCCGCUCUAGUCAUCGUUCCAGGGGUCGCAGAAGCGGUCGCGACUCGGGGCGCGGUUCCUCGUCUAUAGGUUCGGGGACGCGAGGACCUACGGCCGAUGAAGAAGAGGGUCGUCGACCCCGUGGAGGACAGCAUGGUGGAAGACAUCAUCGUCGAGAUUGACGAUUUCAUGGCUGUGUUUGGCAAAACGUGCAAACUUACUUGACUGGCUCAUCGACCGCAUGGUCACUACUCAAACGAGCUGCGGAACAUAGCCAUACCCGCAUAACAAAUAAAAGUCUUCUUCGCUUCAAAUCAGGCUCUGUAGAU